AUGCCAUUCGUAUUCCGGUCAGUAGUGUAUCGCACCGGCUUCAUGAUCAACGAUACAAGCAACUUAGCCCGCUUGGCGAAUCAAAUAGCCGUGUUCUUCAAAAUAGACACAGCAGAAAUCGUAUCAUCGGAGUUUCCGAAUGAUCUUCAACUUCAAUUGGUUAUUCAAUCAUUCAUCGGAACUCCAGUGGCUGAUACAGCUCUUGUUAAUGCGCUUCGUUACAUCAUGGCACCUGAAUCUAAUGAUUCUGUCUGUGCGUUGCUAAACUUCUGCUUCCUGCUCCAUGCAAAGUGGAACGGGAUGGCUGUCAUAAGUCGACUCUCGAUGAUACUUAAAAGGGAAGACAAGCAACCUCAAUUCUUGACUCGAAUCUCAAGAGUUUUGUCGACAUCACCUUUCUUGGAUAAGGUCCGUUUAGCAAGUGUGAUGUAUUCGUGGAGCUUCAUUUCAAUGGCUGUCUUGACAUUUCUGUGGGUAUUUAAAGUCCAUGGAGAGGAUAAUAUGGAACAGUGUCGCAACGAUGUUCUGGACUGUAGAGACGUGAAGACGCACAACUUAUGUGGUACUUCUUUGGGUAAACUGUGCAUAAAAACUUGUGAACGUUGUAAUGGACCAAAAUGUGCAGACAUCGAUGAAUGUACAUUGUUCGCUAAGAAAGGCUUAUGCGAUACGAGUUUUGUGUUCCGCAAAGACUGCUCAUUCACUUGCGGAGUGUGCAGCGGCCAAUGA